CUCGGCUUCACACACUCGUUCUUUUGCUCCGAAUGCUUGUGUUUUAUUUUCCGUCCUGUAGGUCAAAUGGCGAAGCCGUAUGAGUUCAACUGGCAGCGGCCUGUUCCUCAUUUCAUGCAGGAAGGAGCACAUUUUGACAGAUUCGAUGAGGAUCCCUUUGUCUUUGAGUCUAAUUGCUUUUUCAGCGUGGAUGCUUUUGGAUUCUUCCUAACGUGGAAAAGUGAAGGAAAGGUACAUACAUUACAGUAUGUACUUUACUGGGGAUGUGAGGGUCAAGUGUUAGAGUUCUCCCUGAUCAACAGCAUACGAGAUACCAGUGUACCAAAGGACCCAAAGAUCCUCUCGGCGUUGGAGGCCACGGGAAAGUGCGAGAGUAACCUGGAGGACAGAAUCGUCUGCAUAUGCAGCGGCACAGACCUGGUUAACCUGAGCUUCAUGUACCUGGUCACGCAGGACAGCAGCACUGCGAAGCAGUGGACGGAUGGCUUGCGGUCAUUGAUUCAGAACUCUCGAGCGAAUAACGUGUGUCCGAUGACCUGCCUAAGAAAACAUUGGAUGCGGUUGUCAUUUUUGACCAAUGUGAAUGGAAAAAUACCCGUCAGAAGUAUCACAAGAACCUUCGCCUCGGGCAAAACAGAGAAGGGUAUUUUCCAGGCGCUGAAGGAUCUCGGUUUACCCAGUGGAAAGAACGAUGAAAUCGAGCCGGAGAGCUUCACAUUUGACAAAUUCUACAGCCUUACGCAGAAGAUUUGUCCCAGAACAGAUAUCGAAGCGCUGUUCAAGAAACUCAGGGGAGACAAAAGCGAUUAUUUAAGCGUAGACCAGUUAGUCCUCUUUUUGAACGAAAAUCAGAGAGACCCGCGUCUGAAUGAAAUACUCUUCCCAUUCUUCGACUCUAAAUGCGCUUUCCAAAUCAUUCAGAGAUACGAACCUGACGAUAAACUCAAGAGGAAAGGUCUGAUGUCGUGUGACGGGUUCUGCCGGUAUCUGAUGUCUGAUGAAAACGCUCCUGUGUUUCUGGACCGGCUGGAGGUUUAUCAGGAGACGGAUCAUCCGCUGUCUCACUACUUCAUCAACUCGUCUCACAACACCUACCUGACCGGCAGACAGUUUGGAGGGAAGUCGUCGGUGGAGAUGUACAGACAGGUGCUUCUGACCGGCUGCAGGUGUGUUGAGUUGGACUGCUGGGAUGGAAAAGGUGAAGAUCAAGAGCCCAUAAUCACUCACGGCAAGGCCAUGUGCACAGACGUCCUCUUCAAGGAUGUCAUUCAGGGAAUUAAAGAAACGGCCUUCCUUACAUCAGAGUACCCGGUGAUUCUGUCCUUCGAAAACCACUGCACGAAACAUCAGCAGUAUAAACUGGCUCGCUACUGCGAGGACAUUUUUGGAGAUUUGCUCCUGAAACACCCGCUCGAUGACUUCCCGAUGGAGGCCGGAUCUUCGCUGCCGUCUCCAAAAGAGCUCAAAGGAAAAAUCCUCAUCAAGAACAGGAGACUGAAACCUGAAGUGGAAAAAAAACAGCUGGAGCACUUCAGGAAGCUCGUGGAGGCCGGGGAACCGAGCAUCUCCACGAACGUGUCUGAAGAUGAGAACGAGGAGGAGACGUCCACCGAGCUGCUGAACGAAGCUCAUCCCGAGCGGAUUCACGGAUGUCUGAUCGCUGAGGAGGAGAACCGCCAGGAAGAGGCGCUCCCACCCAGAAAGGCAGGGGAAACGAAUGUGGCUGACGAGCAAGCGCUGAUUCAGUCGUACACGUAUGUGGCGGCUACUACCAACAUCCACCCGUAUCUGUCCAAUAUCGUCAACUACGCCCAGGCCGUCAAGUUCACCAGCUUCGAUGAAGCCCAAGAAAAAAAUAUCCACCACAACAUGUCUUCAUUCAACGAGUCUGUGGGUCUGGGAUAUUUAAGAACAAACGCCAUUGAAUUUGUGAACUACAACAAACGGCAGAUGAGUCGCAUCUACCCCAAAGGAGGACGAGUGGACUCCAGUAAUUAUAUGCCGCAGAUCUUCUGGAACGCCGGCUGCCAGAUGGUAGCUCUGAACUUCCAGACCCCAGAUUUGGCGAUGCAGCUCAACCAAGGGAAGUUUGAGUAUAACGGCUCAUGCGGGUUUCUGCUGAAGCCUGAUUUCAUGCGGCGACCCGACCGGAUGUUCGACCCGUUCUCAGAGACGCCGGUGGAUGGAGUGAUCGCCGCCACCUGCAGCGUCCAGGUGAUUUCAGGCCAGUUUCUGUCGGAUAAGAAGAUCGGGACGUACGUGGAGGUGGACAUGUACGGCCUGCCCACGGACACCAUCCGUAAAGAGUUUCGCACGAGGAUGGUGAUGAACAACGGCCUGAAUCCCGUCUACAGCGGAGAAGCGUUCGUCUUCAGGAAGUCAGAAACACAAGCAGAAUUAAUAACACGCCCGCAGGUGAUCCUCCCGGACCUGGCCGUUCUUCGCGUGGCUGUAUACGACGACAACAAUAAGCUGAUCGGACAGCGCAUUCUCCCGCUGGACGGGCUGCAGUCGGGUUACAGGCACAUCUCCCUACGAAACGAGUACAACAAGCCUCUGUCUCUGGCCACCGUCUUCUGCAGCAUCGUCCUCAAGACAUACGUGCCCGACGGCUUCGGAGCGAUUGCAGAUGCCCUGUCUGAUCCCAAGAAGUUCUUAUCGGUCUGUGAGAAAAGAACGGACCAAAUGAGAGCCAUGGGCAUUGAGAUGUCAGAUAUCGCUGAUGUGCCGAAUGACCGCUGGAUGGGGAACAGGAAGAGGAAGGGGAAUCCAGCCGAGAUGCUGCAGCAGAAAGACUCUGAGAGACUGAGAGCAGCCCAGGGACAGAAACCACUCAUCUGCUGCAAAGAGGAUACAUCAGUGCUCGCCCCUCAGCUGACCAUCGAUGACCUAAAGCAAACGAAGACCUACUUGAAGCUCGUCAAGAAGCAGCAGAAGGACGUGAGCGCUUUGAAGAAAAAGCAGGCGAAGGCCCACGUCGCACUGCGGAGCUCCCACUGCGCUCGAGUGGACAGGACCGUUGCUCAACACGACAAAGAGAAGCAAGCGCUGGAGAAGCAGCUCGAGAAGAGCAUCAGGAAAGUGAGUGACAGUUACAGCCUUGAAAUGAGCAGAGACCUCGAAAGGCAGAUCAAGACUCUAGCGAGCAAUCACAAAUCAAAGGUGAAGGACGUGGUGGCCGCUCAUGCGCUCGAACGGGCAGAAAUGAUCAAAUGGCACUCGGCUGAAGAGCAGACUGUGAGAGAGCAGCAUGUGAUUCAGCAGCGCGAGACGCUCCGGAAACUCCUGCUGAUGGAGCAGCAGCAGCAAACGCAGCAGCUCUCACUCCUCCACGAGAGACAGAACAAAGAGAUGCGAACCAACCAAGCGAAGACCUCGAUGGAGAGCAGCAAAGCCAUCAGUCAAGACAAAAGCAUAAAGAACAAGGCUGAGAGGGAACGGAGAGUUCGAGAGCUUAACAGCACGAACACAAGGAAGUUUCUUACAGAAAGAAAAAGGCUCGCCGUGAAACAGUCCAAGGAGAGCGAGCAGCUCCAGGCGGCUCAGCGGGAACAACUGGACAGGCUGGAGAAACACAACGAGGAGCUGUUGAACUCGUGCUAUGCAAAAUCACAAAGCCAAGGCCAGAGAGCGUCCGAGCGGGAAGACGGCCGAGAGCUGAGCGAGCAGACGCAGUGAGAACGCAUACAGACAGUGCUAUUUAUUUAUGUUUUAUGAAUAUUGAACGUUUUAUAAAUAUUGCAUGUGAUAUAGAGAGAGAAAGAUAUAUUGUAGUAGCCCAGCUGCUUUUAAGUCUCAUGUAUCUGAGCUUAUUGAAUGAGUACGUAUUGUAUAAAGAAUAAAUGUUUUUUAAAAAUGAUAAUAGCUUACUUGUUCACGUGGCUAAUCAAUCAUCGUUGAACUUUUAAUCAUCUGAUCUUUUUUUUUUGUUGUAUAUUCGCUAUUUUAAAUGUCAUUUUAUGUUGACUUUUAUAUUUUACAGCUAUAUUCAAAGGCGAAGUCUUUAGAAAUGACACUGUUUUGAAGAUCAUGUAAAUGUGUUGAGUUUAUAUAAAAUCCAUUUUAUUAGCCAUA